GCGGCGCGCAUCCUCGGCGUCUCUGCUCGGUUUGCGCCGCCGCUUCCAACUGUCUCCGCGUGGCACGAGCCACGAGCCGCGCUCUUCCCCCGGCGGCGGUGGCGGCGGCGGUGGCGGCGGCGGGUGCAAGCAAAGAGUGGCUGCGAGCGGCUGCGGGCUCCAUGGAGAGCGGCGGGCGCCCGAGCAGAGGCGGCGCUUCCACCGCUGCGCCCGGACUGCAGUGACCCGCGUUCCGCCCCGCGUCCUCCCGGCGGCCGCCCGGCCUCGCCGUCCGUGUCCGCGCCGCCGCCGCCUCCCGUCCCACCGGCUCCGGAGCACCGCGACUUCGUUCGGUCCGACUCCCCGGCGGGGUGGCGGCGGCCGGGUCCCCACGGUGGCGGCCGGAGCAGCGGCUGCAGGAGCCCGGCUCUAGGAUGAAGUUCAAGCCCAACCAGACGCGGACAUACGACCGCGAGGGCUUCAAGAAGCGGGCGGCCUGCCUGUGCUUCCGCAGCGAGCAGGAGGACGAGGUGCUGUUGGUGAGCAGCAGUCGGUACCCAGACCAAUGGAUCGUGCCGGGAGGAGGGGUGGAGCCGGAGGAGGAGCCUGGCGGUGCUGCUGCAAGGGAAGUGUAUGAAGAGGCUGGAGUCAAAGGAAAAUUAGGCAGACUCCUGGGAAUAUUUGAGCAGAAUCAAGACCGGAAGCACAGAACAUAUGUUUAUGUUCUGACAGUCACUGAAAUAUUGGAAGACUGGGAAGACUCUGUUAACAUAGGGAGGAAGAGAGAGUGGUUCAAAGUGGAAGACGCAAUCAAGGUUCUUCAGUGUCAUAAGCCUGUCCACGCAGAGUACCUGGAAAGGCUGAAGCUGGGGUGUUCUCCAACCAAUGGGAAUUCCACGGUCCCUUCCCUCCCAGAUAACAACGCCUUGUUUGUGACUGCUGCACCGCCCUCUGGGGUGCCAUCCAGUAUAAGAUAGAGAGCUGGGGCCCCUCCCCCAUUGUGUCAUGGCACAUGUCACAGGGAGAGAGGCUUUUUUACUUCUAACACAUCUGACUGCUGCUGGCAGACUCUAGAUUUGCCAUGCAGGGGUUUCAAAUAAUUUGCAUGUAUUUCAGAUGCUUUCAAGUCUUUUAAAAUAAAUAGCAAAAUAGCAAAAAUACUUUAAGAUGCCAAAGCCAUGUGGAUUUUUUUUAAAGCCUUAAUUGUAAGUCUACCCCAUUACUUUGGUUCUCAUUUUUAUAACCUUUCUUAAAAUUUCACUUUUGAACACUCAACAUUCUAUUCUUAUUUUGACAGAUCAACUGGUUGUUGGGUAUGUUUUUGCCCUAAUAUUUUUUUCUUACAGUAUCAAAUAGUCACCAAAUCUUUGGGAUUAAUGAAAAAUAUUCUUGGUAUUUAAAAAUAUAUAUAUAUAUAUAUGUGCCCCAAAACUUGUUUAAGAGAGUCGCUGUAAGCUGCAGGUUUGGGCUGAUUUGUAUGGACGGCCCAGUCGCCUUUGACCAAGCACUCAAGUUUACUCUAUCGGAGAAUUUGUCCACAGCAAGGAUUAUGUCAGUGCACGGGCACUGCCUCCCCUCUGACACAGUGAUUCCAUAUGAAUCGCUCCAUUUUUAGGGAAAACUGUCAGGAACUUGUGGCUCAGCACAGCUCAUUCUGAAACUGUUCAGAGAGGUCUGUUCAGCACACUCUGCCGCUACUUCCUCCCUGCUCCUUCCGACACAGACUGUGUUAGGGGCCACACUGCUCUUCAUAUUUUCAGUUUAGCAACAACAUUGUUGACCACUGGAUUAGACUCUAACCUUGGAUGCCAGUCAGUGACUGCUGUAUCACACUAAACAAAAUGGCUGUCCUAGGCCUAAGACACUGUCUUGAGUGUCAGUAAGCAGCUUGUCAGAUGAGUUAACUGUGAGGGAACUAGAACUAUGGUACCUUGUCUUUGUGCUCUCUCAAAAUGGGCCACCCCAUGGAAAAGUACCUACAUUUCCUUCAGGAAGUUAUGGAGGAAGUGAGCCUUUUGUAAAUACUCUUAACUGGCAAGCAUAGAACAGUACAGUUAGGACAUCUGUAACCUGUUAACCUUUAAAUUGUAAUGUUGCUGCUGCCAGCCAAUGUCCUUACCUGUAAGGAAGGAAAACUGGUGCCGUUUUGGAAAUGAGAUCUCGUGCCACAAAUGCAGCAGAACUAAAAACAUUAGGUUACAAAGCAGAAAAACCCAACCAGUAGUGUUCAUUCUAAAUUAUGUAGCGUAAUCAAAUGUGAUCGUCCAGACCUUUUCUAUUUUUCUUUGUACAGAGGUCAUGUACUCUGGGUGUGUUUUAAAAGAAACAUUUUAAAGAACCCACAGAUUGACAUUUUCUAUCUUUUCAUUUUCUCACGAUUCUGAUGUACUAAACACAACAGAAACUGGACUGUUUUGUAUAGAAUACUGCUUCCAGCUAAAACCAUCACAAGUGCCCGGGAGUUUAUAUGGAAAUGAUACUCUCGGCAGUAAUAAUGCAUGAACCUGUUUUAUAAACUCUUGAACUGUGUAUUGCCAUGUAAAAUAUGUACAGUAUUAAUGUCAACCAUCUCUUUAAAAGUUAGCCUAUAAAUAUUGUUGUAUAAUUUCUUUGGUCAGAAACAUUUGGACUAAGUCAUGUCACCUGGGUCAGGAUUUUCUUCAAUGCCGUGUAGCAAAACUGUCUUUAGUCUAUGCAAAUAGCGAGAGUCACUGAGUGUGACAGAAUGCAACUUCACUGUUAAACUUCACCUGAGAGUUCCUCAUUCUCCUGGAAUCCAGACUGCAAGAUUAUAAAGGAAAAGACCUAAGGCAAUUCAGUUCUUUUUGCAAAUCAAUUGAAUCCACCAGAGAUAAUGUCUACCAGCCCAGCCGCCUGCAGCCUGGAGGCUGCUGUGUGUGCUUAUUUGUGCGCUGAAUAAAAUGGGGCAGCUAAAUUCUCCAGUUCCAUAUGCCUCCGAAGUUCAAAGAAAAAAAAGCAAAGUAACAUGUUAGAAUUGACUUGUGUGGCGAUGUAAAGAAAUGGCAUCUUCCCACUAAGCGCAAACCAUCCAGUUCUUUUGUCAAUCACACUGUAUGAAACAGGGAAGGUGAAGAAAUGGUUAUGUGUGCAAGAAUUGCUUUGCAUGGUUUCAUGUGAGAUGGCUGCAUUCGAACUGUUUUAAGAAUUAUAAGGAUCUUGACUUUUUUACAUUUGGAAACAUCAAAUAAAAACAGAAACAUAAUCUGUG